UCGAGCUCUCUCUUUAUCUUCUCUGAGCUAAAAAUCAGUCUCUCUGACACAGUUACAGAGAAGAAAUAAUAAACAAAGAAAGAUAAAAUAAAGGAUUUUGUUUUUUUGAAUACAGUAAAAAGAAAAUGGGUCUUUGAAAGGUGGGAAAUUUUCAGUAGAAAAGGACGUCUGGAGAUUGGAAUGAUCCAAACGUCACCCCAUCCCUCUCUCUCUCUCCAAUCGAAGUAUAUGGCGAUAGGGAUAGAAUGAGAACCAAGUAGAGAUUGAUUGAAGCACGUAGGAAAUUCAUUGGUUAGAGGAAGUCAAAAGGAUGCGAUUUUGAUCUUCAAAACGGUUGGAAGAUUAGGGUUUCCGAAGUGUUGUUCGUGGAUUCUGGCAUCUGGGUAUAGAUUGGAUUGGCGUGAAAUUCGAAUCUUGAAGGGUGAUCGAUGUUGUCGGCGGUGAUGACGCUCAUGUUGAUCAGCUAGGCUUUGUGUUACGUGGAGGGGUUUUGUUUAUUGUCUUUCGGUGACAGUGGCUUGAACUAUUGCUGGCUUUUUUGUCCGAUUUGGUUUUGAAUUUUAGGGCUUUUAGGUUUUUAUUUGUUUUGUAGGUUGUACGUACGGUUAUCGUGUUUUGCUGGUUUGCUUCUCUGGGAAGGGUUUAAGCGUGAUCGUUGUACGUUGAAAGGUGCAGUUUUGGGAUUCUAGGGUUGUUUUUGUGCACUGAGUUGGUUGGGUUUAAGGUAUUCGUGGAUUUUUUUUUAAAGUUUUUGGGGCAUUAAGGUGGUGGUGACGAUGGUGAUGUAUGGGGAGUAGAACAGUGAGGGCUGGUGCUGAAGAUGAUAAGGAAGCGGCGAGCGGGAUGCCGAGCUUCGUUCCUCCAUUACCCGUUUCUCAUGCACUUGGCACAGAAGGAAACCAUAUCCAUAAUUCUCGAGUAUCUGACUUUGGGGCAGUUGAACAAUCUGUUGGAUAUCGCAUAGAUGAUGCUGUUGACCUUAGUAGAAAUUCUAUAUUCAAUACAACCAAAUCAAGUGGACAGACUGUUGCUUCAGAUCCUUUGCAGUUUGGUACCUUUAAUAAGUCCCUCAUUUCCUCUGAAAUAGCUCCAUCCACUGCUAGAGUUGGAGCUCAAAGAUUGGCUUCACAAAAAGGACAACCUAAUCUGGUUUCUGUAUCAACUGGUCAUUUUGAGAACUGGGGCGAGUCAAGUAUGGCAGAUGCCAGUCCUAGGACUGAUACCUCAACUGAUGUGGACACAGAUGAUAAAAAUCAAAAGAUGGAGACUGGUCAGUCUACUGCUGUAGUGGGUUCUGAUUCUAGUGACAGAUCAAAGGACAAACUGGAUCAGAAGACACUUCGCAGGCUUGCCCAAAAUCGUGAAGCUGCAAGAAAAAGCAGAUUAAGAAAGAAAGCAUAUGUCCAACAGCUGGAAAGUAGCCGACUUAAGCUAACCCAACUUGAGCAGGAGCUCCAGCGAGCUCGCCAACAGGGUAUAUUUAUUUCCAGUUCUGGUGACCAAUCUCACUCAGUGAGUGGAAAUGGGGCUUUGGCAUUUGAUAUAGAAUAUGCACGAUGGUUGGAAGAACACAAUCGACAGAUCAACGAGUUAAGGAAUGCUGUUAAUUCCCAUGCAAGUGAUAGUGAGCUUCGUGUUAUCGUUGAUGGUGUUAUGGCACACUAUGAUGAUAUUUUCAGGCUUAAGGGCAUUGCAGCUAAAGCCGACGUCUUCCACAUGCUAUCAGGCAUGUGGAAGACCCCUGCAGAGAGGUGUUUUUUGUGGCUUGGUGGCUUCCGCUCAUCUGAACUUCUUAAGGAUGCUCCACCACCUCCUUMUGCUGAGAAGGACUUUCUCGUCUUCUCUUGCAAGUGGUUACGUGCCCCAGCCCCUACGCCUGCGACUCUCCUUCCUCCUGGUUCAGAUCAUCAUCCUACCACUGCUCCUCUUCUUGUGAAUCAACUGGAGCCACUAACUGAGCAGCAGUUGAUGGGCAUAUGCAACUUGCAGCAGUCAUCCCAACAGGCYGAGGAUGCUUUGUCCCAAGGGAUGGAGGCAUUACAACAAUCCCUGGCUGAGACUCUGGCCAGUGGCUCUCUUGGUCCCUCAGGUUCGUCAGGGAAUGUUGCCAACUAUAUGGGUCAGAUGGCAAUGGCAAUGGGAAAGCUAGGAACCCUCGAGGGUUUCCUUCGGCAGGCUGACAAUCUGCGGCAACAAACAUUGCAACAAAUGCAUCGUAUAUUGACAACCCGCCAAUCAGCUCGUGCUCUCCUUGCCAUAAAUGAUUAUUUCUCCCGGCUACGUGCACUGAGCUCUCUCUGGCUUGCCCGUCCACGGGAGUGAGAAUCUGGGGAUGCCCUUAAUGAUAUCAAUCUUUAAACCGCUGUUCCUGCUGGUGGAUCUCAAUGCUAUACGCUUUGGGUGUUCCACAGACCACAGGUAAUACUUGAGAUGGCAUUCGGUGGUAUUUGUAAGCUAUCAGCUAUUUGGAUUGGCACGACGAUCCACUAGGGGUGCAAGUCCCAACUCUCACAUGUAACAGUCGUCAUAUUGUCGAGAGAUGUUGUAUUUUAAUUUCUUAACUGAAACCAGGGCGGCAAUAAUCUGCAUAUCUUGGUGUUUGUUAUACUCCAUAGCAAUUAUUACAGAAGCUUUUGGCAGGUUAAGUAGUUGAUUCUGUGGA